CGCGCUGUCAGUGUUGAUAGUGGUAGCGUUGGUAAUCCAUAAAAAAACAUGUUGUUAAACAAAUUGUGUUUUUCUUUAUGUUCGUUCAUAUUCUAAUUUGCUUCUAAUAGUGUGUUAAUAAACUUUCUUACGAACGAAAAUAUAUUUUUUCUUAUCUUUCGCCCGUCGCGAUUACACGUUUGCAAUUUACUUUAAACGCUAGUGCCGAACUAUUGGUACAGAUCUGAAAGUGCGUUGAUAGUAAGUGAACGAAGAUGCAUCAGACCAAGGAAGAAUUUGGAAUGAAUUAUUCGUCGUUUGAGACGGAAGUGUCGAAGCGGAGGAGGCCGGCGACCAUUAGAGAAUUGACGAAACUGGCCUAUUCUUCGCCGAAGAGUGUGAUCUCAUUGGCCGAGGGUAUGCCGAACGAAGAAACCUUCCCUUUCACAGAAAUCUCUAUCAAACUGAAAGACGGUUCGUCUUUCACCCUGGAGGAUCGAGAAUUGGGGGCGGCUUUGCAAUACAUUCCUUCUCAGGGCUACCCGCCACUUCUCCAGACCCUGAGGGAGUUCCAGAGAAGGGCGCAUGCACCACCCCUCUGGGAGAGCCGCGACAUCGUGGUCGUCUCCGGAGCUCAGGACGGAUUAAGCAAAACUCUCGAGGCCAUAAUCGGCCCCGGCGAUCCGCUUCUCGUGCACGAUCCUUUUUAUCCGGGCGUAGAUGUUGUGGUUGCGCCUUACCAGACGGAGCUUAUCCCGAUCCCUCAGGACGAACAAGGUAUGGUCCCAGAAAUUCUCAGGGAAACAUUGAGGAACAGGGAAUUGUCUGGUAAGAAGAUGCCGAAGAUCAUGUACAUAAACGCCACCGGAACGAAUCCCACGGGUGUCGUUAUUCCGUUGGAAAGGCGGAAGGAGAUCUACCGAAUAGCCUGCGAGUACAACUUCCUAAUCUUGGAUGAUGAUCCUUAUCAUUUUAUGUAUUUCGAAGACGUAGAACCAAAAUCGUUCUUAUCGUUAGACACAGAAGGUAGAGUGAUCAGGUUGGAUUCUUUUUCGAAAGUGAUCAGCAGUGGUCUCAGAUUGGGUUUCGUCACGGCGCCAGCUCCCCUAAUAGCGAGUAUAGAACGUCACUUGCAGAGCAGCCACUUGCACGCCCCCACGUUAUCCCAGGUGAUACUAUACAAACUGAUGAAACUGUGGGGAUACGAUGGACUGAUGGACCAUUUCAUGUGGACGAGGCAUUUUUAUAAACAGCGAAGAGAUUUCAUCGCCGGUAUUGCCGAAAAACAUUUAAAUGGCUUAGCAGAUAUUUCAUUGCCGCAGAGUGGUUUCUUCCUUUGGAUCAGAGUACGAGGUAUCAAGGAUACUUGGAAGAUGAUCAUGCAACGAGGAAUCAAAGAAAAUGUUAUAAUGGCACCUGGAGCAGCCUUCAUGAAAGAUUCCACUAAACCGUGCAAUGCUAUCAGAGCGAGUUUCUCCAAAGCUUCUUAUGAGGAGAUGGAUCUGGCUAUGCAGAGGUUGGGGAACCUAAUUAGAGCUGAGCUUCGAAAUGGUUUUACCUACAUGAAAGAAGACACUUAUAUUAAUUAAUAUUUUUUAUAUGCUUUUUUCCAUUUUGUAAAAAUAUCCAGAAUAUUUUUAGCAGUACUUGACAAAGAUUCUGCAUUGAUUUAGUAAUGUAGACUGCAGUAUCGUAGGCUGGUAGAACAGAAAUAGUAAUCGUCGUUACUGGAUGACGAAAACUUAUCGAUCAAUGUAAAAGCAAACUAGAUUGAUUGUUGAAGUUCCUUUAAAAUGUUACUUCUCUUGUGCGCUAGAGGACUAUAAAAUCAAAAUUCUCGUCUAGUUUUAAUAUUUAUAACAGUAUAUCAAUUUUUUGUAUCAUGCGAAAUAUUUUAUUCCGCUUAUUAUAAUUUCACAAUUCAUUUUCUUCAUUUAUCAUUAAUUCUGUUUAUGUUCUCUUUAUAUCUUACAAGUAAUUGUUUACCAAACGAAUGACUAAUUAGCACUACUUUUCUUAAUCGUACUUAAUUACUUUAGAAACAUUUUCGUAAUGCGUGUAUUUAUCGUGAAUCGGCAAAGUAUUGUACAAAUUUUUAAUAUCUUGUAUUCGGUUGUAAAUAAAAUUUAAUAAUUUGCCUUGUUA